AUGUUGCAUUUACCAGACAGCCAACGGUUUGCGCUCUCUGUUUUUGCUUUGUCAUUGACAUGCCUAACGUCGGCGUUGAGCGCAACUACCGUUAGCAACGCUCUCCCGGCUAUCGUUGGCGACCUUGGCGCAAGCGAUACGGAAGCAUUCUGGGUGGGCACGUCGUUCUUACUAUGCUCCACUGUUUUCCAGCCAUCAUUUGCUAUAUUUUCUCAUAUUUUCGGCAGAAGGCCACUGUUUGUGAUUGCAUUCUUAUUCUAUAUAGUUGGCUCUGCGCUUGCUGCCGGGGCGAGUAAUUUUGAUGUCUUGCUUGCUGCACGCUCCCUUCAAGGGGCUGGGGGAGGCGGUCUUAUCACUCUGAGUGAAAUCCUGAUUGUCGAUCUGGCUCCCCUCAGAGAGCGAGGGAAAUGGCUCGGGCUCAUCAGCCUUAUGUGGGCUGUAGGAAGCGUGUCAGGUCCUCUAGUGGGUGGUGCCCUCGCUCAUAGAGGACGUUGGAGAUGGAUCUUUGCCCUCAACCUACCUCCAGCUUGCCUGUCACUUGGUGUCAUCUAUGCGACCGUCAACCAUAAAUCAGGGGCUAGUGAGUUAAAGCAGGCCAUAUACCGCGUGGAUUGGAUAGGGUUUGGUCUGUUUAUCCCUUCCAUGACCAGCCUUUUGGUCCCUGUUUCCUGGGGUGGGGAAAUGUUCCCAUGGUCGAGUUGGCAUACUCUCGUCCCAUUGUUCCUGGGAGUGCUUGGUCUCAUAAUCUUUACAUCUUAUGAGAUAUGGGUUGCGCCCCGGCCCUUUCUACUUCGAAGUAUCUUCCGUGAUCGGAAUGCGAAAGUGAUUUACUUCCAGACAUUCUUCCAUGGUAUAGUGGUGCUCGCAAUGUUUUAUUAUCUCCCACUUUAUUAUCAAGCUGUCAAGGGAUACUCGCCGGUAAUGUCCGGUGUUGCUCUCCUCCCUAUGAUGUGCCCAAUGAGUAUUUCGGCAGGUCUUGUAGGUGUCGCCAUGACGAUCAGUGGCCGCUACCGAUGGGCGCUCUGGACUGGUUGGGUCUUCACUACGACUGGGGUUGGCCUUCUUUACCUUUUGAACGCCAAUUGUCCCAUCUUUCGAUGGGUUCUUAUCAGCCUCGUUUGUGGCAUCGGCAUGGGCUCUCUUUUCACCAGCAUGAAUCUUGCAAUACAAGCCAACACCGCCGAGAACGAGCAAUCCCAUGCCCUUGGAUUCUUCGCCUUCUUUCGCACAUUGGGUCAAACGAUCGGUGUCGCCAUCGGAGGGAGCAUUUUCCACAAUAUAUUCGAGAAAAAUCUCCCUGCCGAUCUGGGGAUUCUUGACUUAACCAAAGGUGGCAGAAUCGACGCAGAACCGCUAGUCGAGGUGGAAAAAGCACUACCAGAGAGUGAUCCUCGCAAAGCGAAGAUUAUUCACGCCUAUGUGGAGGCCUUAAGAAUGAUAUGGAUCGUCCUGUGCGCCUUCUCCGCUGCGUCAUUAUUGAUCAGCUUCUUUACCAAAGCUUACACCUUAGGGACAGGUGCGGGUAGGUCGGUUAGCUUCGACACCGAGCACGGCCAUCUCGAUCCCCCGGAUGUAGGGAAUGAAAAAGCGGAUCGUGCCGAGUCUGGAGAGUCUGGACCGCAGAAUGUGGGGCUGGAUUCAAGGAAAGAGGACGAACUUUGA